AUGGGCAGAAACGAGAAAAUCGCCCGGUCGGUUGUGCGGGCAAUUAUCAAGGCGAACGGGACGAGUAAACAACGAAGCACCCUCGCGCGGAUCCUUGCAUUCUUCUCGCUCUUUUUCUCUCUGUAUCGACUGCUGCUUCGCAAGAUUCGCCCGGCAGAUUUUGCCAAUCUGCGUCGGAAUCACUGGGAUGUCACAGAUGAUAAUUAUGUACAGUCGUUUCAAGCUGAAAAUGGUGGCCCAGAGGAGGAAUCACUCAACGCGAUAGGGGACAUGGGCUUCUCCGGUUCGACCUUCUACUCCACUGCCAAUCAAAAGUAUCUCGUCAAGUCCGUUCCCCGACAUUCUGAGCAUUCCUUUUUCCGCGAGGAUCUCUUGACCCCAUACGUCCAGCACAUGGCAACCCAUCCCCGCUCGCUCUUGGUCCGCGUCUUUGACUUUCUCGCCGUCUCAGGCGCGUCCUUGGGACGUGUUUUUCGGUCAGCGCCAUCCCACCACAUAGUGAUGGACAACAUCAUGUACGGGAGGGAAGAAGCAAAGAAGCAGGGCGAGGCAGACUGGGAGAGCUGGGACCUGAAACCAACUUCGUACUUUUAUCCCGAGAGGGACAUCGCUGGCGGUGCCCUCGCCAGCGAGGCAACCAAGGACCACCUCGCCGACGAAUUCCGUGACAAGAUAAUCCUUCAUAGGGAGCAAGCAGAGGAAUUUCUCUCUAGCCUCGAAGCAGAUUCCAAACUGCUUUCGGAGCACAACGCCGUGGAUUACUCGCUCUUUCUGGUGCGGAUGCGAACCCCUCAACGCGCGGCCGCCUCGGUGCUUCCUCCCACAGAAUCGGCCAUAGUGACUACCGAUCCGCCACUGGUCCCACCUUCCCAGUCAAAUUGGAGAACGGGGGUUCCUUCGGCGGAUGGAAAGUACAUCUUCCGCGCCUCCAUAUUGGAUUUCUUCUGGGCCAAGCACAAAGCCCAGCCGAAGGCUAUGACGUUGCUGAUCAAGCUCUGGAACACGUUGAUAAGUAAACAGGGGCACAUGAGCAUCACCACCACGCCGGAUGAGUACCGGGAGCGGUUUCUCAAAUUGUGUAGGGGCAUCGUGGAAAUCAGAGAGGAUUGA